AUGGCCAUUCCAGAGCAACCAGAGGAUGUUUUUAGACUACAACACAUCUUUGAGCGCUUAUGGACCAAGAUCACGAAAAGGAGAGUCAGCUCGAGAGCUCUGCGCGUAGAUGCACGUUUCGAGGAUAUUUUGUGCGAUAUUCGAGACGAGGACCUCCCAUCUGACGUUCGACUAUUCCAUAAACAUUACCUCCCAGAUGUCCAUUAUGAUCGACUCCUCAGGGCAGCAAGAGUUGCCAAACACCCAAAGGCUUAUGAGGAUAUUUGCCGUGUCGACCUUGAUUGCUCAAAGAAACCUGGUCUGGUGAACCUUAGUCGUGAAGAAAAAGUGGCGCUCCUGAAAGAAUAUGACUCUGUUAUUCCAGAGCCAGGCAUGCUUGUCGUUAUCCUCACAGUCUCUCUGGCAGCCUUGCUACAGGGGCACGUUCAGUCAUCUAUCAACGGCGCAUCGCUUUACCGCGAGAUCCUCAAUAUUAGCACCUCAACUCAGAAGCACAUGCUCGAGGUAUUCCCAAAUCGUCCGUCAAACGGUGACUGGAUAUUGGGUAUCACAAAUGCAACGCCUUUUCUGGCCGCUGCGGCCUUCGGAUGCUGGAUGGCAUUGCCACUGAGCGACAGGCUUGGGCGCCGAGGUGCAAUGACGGUUGCUGCUUUCAUGGUCCUUGGUACCUCGAUAUUGAUGGCCGUAAUCGUGACCAUCGACACCGCCAUUCCCAAAUGGCAGAUACUACUUAUAGUAAGGAUCAUAAAUGGAAUGGGCAUGGGGAUCAAAGCUGUGAAUACGCCAAUGUUGGCUUCUGAGACCGCGAUCUCAUAUUGGCGUGGAACUUCGGUCCUUGCGUGGCAAUUAUGGGUGGCAUUCGGAAUAAUGAUCGGAUUUAUCUUCAACGCUGUGUUUUCUACCUUCAUUGGCGACAAUCAGACCACACUUGCGUUCAUUCUCGGUGCGCCAAUUGUGCCCUCCGUUGUUUUACUCUUGGCACUUUGCAUUUGUCCUGAAAGUCCACGUUAUUACAUGAGGAGUCAUCGAUACAGACCAUCCAAAGCAUACAUGGUACUGAAGAGACUUGGACGAUGUGAGCUCAUCGCCCUGAGAGAUAUCUAUCUACUUCACCAGUCGCUACACAGGAGACAAGACCACAAGGAUGAGUUACAAGAGCACUACAUCGGACUCCGCGGGUUUGCGAAACAGUACGCACAAUUGUUCUCAGUGCCAAGAUUGAGGAAUGCCCUCGUCAGCACUUGUAUCAUGGCACUUUCUCAGCAACUGUGUGGAAUCAACGUCCUCGCGUUCUAUUCAGGUGUCAUGUUCUCGAACAUGGGCAAUUCAAAGAAUCAGUCGAUGUACUACAGUAUUGGUUUCGGUGCUGUCAAUUUCCUGUUCGGCAUACCAGCAUGGCGUACUAUUGACACUAUUGGAAGGCGAAAGUGGGUACUUGCUACCCUGUUGCCAAUGGCUGUCAUGAUGGCAGGGGCUUCAGCAUCAUUUGUGCCUACAAUCCAUGACGAGAACGCUGUUUCAGUGACUACCACACUUGUCGCAGUGUUUUUGUUUCUGCACGCGGCACUAUAUUCGCCGGGACUAGGGCCAGUUCCCUUUACGUUAUCAGCGGAGAGCUUUCCUUUAUCACACCGUGAAGUAGGCUGUGCUUUCGCCAUAUCUGUGAAUCUCUUCUUUGCUGGACUUCUAACACUAUUACUGCCAGUUCUUUUGUACUGGCUUACAAGCCCAGGACUGCUGUGCGUAUUUGCCGUGCUCAACUUGUUAUCAUUCGUGCUGGUUUUCCUCCUCGUUGAAGAAACCCGUCAACUUUCUUUGGAAGCACUUGAAUCCAUCUUUGAGAGAUCAAAGACAGACUUCUUGCAUCACCAGAUCUUUAAGUAUACACCUUGGAUAUUUAAGAAAUAUGCACCGUGGCUGCUAAAGCAUUGGAUCCGGCUUUUUGUCCCUUCAAAGUAUCUUGGAAGCCGAACGCAAGUGGGGCUACACUUCGAGUCUGGCGGUCUGCUGGUAGAGAACUACGACCCUAUGCCCUAUCCACCCGGCAUCGAAUCAACGAAUGGGUGGCACGCCGAGCUCUCACCGGAAGAUCCUCAUGCAUGA